AUAAACAAAACUUACGCGUUAAUAGCAUAUUCUCGUCGACUCAUCCUAAUUAGGGAAUCCAAAGUCUUCAUUUUGCAGCAUCCAUCUAUAUAUGUCUAGGGCUUACCAAAUCAACCUAACACUCUAUUCUUCACUGAGCAAUUUCAAACUCGAACUAAUGGCUGCUCAAGAAUCAAACUCCAAUAUUACAGAUUCUAACAAAUCAUUGGAAGAGGACGAUGCUCUAAUAAAUGAGCUGCCAAGUGCACUGUUUUGGGAUGUUAUGGAGAUUAAAAAAUGGCAAGGCUUCUGGUUUGAGCCUGGCCUUAUCAAAUGUGCCAUGAAAUUUAACUCUUCCUUCCAAGCUAAAAACGACGAUGUUUUAUUAGCAUCAGCUCCAAAGACAGGUACUACUUGGCUCAAAGCCCUUUGUCUUUGCAUCUUGCACCAGAACCAUAACAUUCCCGAAAACGAAGAUCUGUUAACUAAAGACAAUCCACAAUUUCAUGUUCAGACCAUUGAAUCCUCUAUUUACUCCACAAAACCAACCCCUGAUUUGUACGCUACACCAUCUCCAAGACUGUUUCAUACCCAUUUGCCUUUCACUUUUCUUCCUGAUUCCGUCAAGAAUACAAACUGUAAGAUUGUUUGCGUAGCACGGAACCCGAAGGACACAUUGGUGUCUUUAUGGCAUUUCUUCAAUUCCAUUUUCAGGGCAAAUCAAGAGCCUUAUCCCCUGGAAAAGGCAGUUGAGGAGUUCUGCACAGGGGUUCAUCAAUACGGGCCGUAUUUCGAAAACGUGUUGGGAUACUGGUUAGAAAGCCAGAACAGGCCUGAGAAGAUACUGUUCCUGAAAUAUGAAGAGAUGAUAAAGGAUCCUAAAGAGCAAGUGAAGAAAUUGGCCUCGUUUCUUGGAAAGCCAUUUGAGAAAGAAGAAGAUGUGGAGAAAGUUGUGUGGAGAUGCAGUUUGGAGAGGCUGAAGAACUUGGAAGUGAAUAAAAAUGGAUCUGUAAUUUAUGGAGUUCCCAAUGGUAGCUAUUUUAGGAAAGGGAUGGUUGGUGAUUGGAAGAAUUACUUGAAUCGUGAAAUGGAAGAUCGCAUUAACCAAACAACACUUAUCAAGUUCCAAGGUUCUGGACUAGAGUUCGACAAUUGAAAUCCUUGUUUGUUUUUUUAUUUUUUCCUUUUCAGAAACAGAAAGAAAUAAUAGUCUUUGUUGCUCUUUUUUUUUUUUUGCUCUUCAUGAAUACAUGCUUGUUAAAGAGCAGUUGCCUGGUAAAUCGGGUCAUAUGCUCUUGUGAGUUGUAUUUUUGAUUUCCCAAUUCUGUAAUUCGGUAUAAUUAUUUGUG